AUCAAAUAAUGACUUCAUUUUUCAGUUCUUUAUAAUGUUAAAAACACCCCUUCUCUUCAUUUUUGUUUGAUUUUUUUAAAUUGAUGCACUUGUUUCCCUUCAGCGACCAAUGUGAAUCCAUAUAUUUGUUAGACUCCUGGUUGCCUUGACAACAGAUUAUCCACAACAAUGCUUUUCAGAGCAGCACCAAAAGAGUACAGUAAAAGGAAAAGCAUAUUCCCAGAUGUCUGGCUAUCACUCCUGACACAGCGUCUUUCCUGGGGCUAUUUACUGGGUGACCUCCUGUGUCCACAGGUGAAUUGUCUGCUGUUUAAUGCAUGGCUGGCUUUCUGCGUAGGGGAGAUAACAAGCCAGCGGAUAAUCCUGACAGGCCCAAGUUUAUCUGGCUGCCACUCCUGGCCUCUGCUGGUACAGUCAGGAUGUGUUCCCUCACUCUGAGUGAGAUGUUGCUUUCCUUAAUGUAGUUAAAUGGCUUCACAAAGUGAGUACGUGCAAAGAUCACUUUCCUCAGAGGCUGUUAUGUGAUCAUGACCUAACUCACAAUGAACUUGGAGGGGCUUGAAAUGAUAGCAGUUCUUGUGGUAAUAGUACUAUUUGUGAAGGUGUUGGAACAAUUUGGACUACUUGAAGCAAAUAUUGAUGACAGCGUUGAAGAUGAAUUGGAAAUGGCCACUGUCCGUCACCGUCCUGAGGGACUGGAGCAGCUGGAGGCACAAACUCAAUUCACAAAGAAGGAACUUCAAAUCCUGUACAGAGGAUUUAAAAACGAAUGUCCAAGUGGGGUUGUCAAUGAAGAAACAUUCAAAGAGAUAUACUCACAGUUCUUUCCACAAGGAGAUGCAAGUACAUAUGCACACUACCUGUUCAAUGCAUUUGAUACAGAUCAUAAUGGCUCCGUGAGUUUUCAGGACUUUGUGAUGGGUCUUUCAAUUUUAUUACGAGGAUCAAUACAAGAGAAGCUUAACUGGGCAUUUAAUUUGUAUGAUAUUAAUAAAGAUGGAUACAUCACUAAAGAGGAGAUGCUGGACAUUAUGAAAGCUAUAUAUGAUAUGAUGGGUAAAUAUACCUACCCAGUUCUUAAAGAAGAAACACCUAAGCAACAUGUGGAAAUUUUUUUUCAGAAAAUGGAUAAAAACAAAGAUGGUGUUGUAACAAUUGAUGAGUUUAUUGACUGCUGCCAAAAAGAUGAAAAUAUAAUGAGAUCCAUGCAGCUGUUUGAAAAUGUCAUUUAAUGGAAGUGUUCUUUGGCCCUUUAAUGGCCAGAUGGGAAAAACAGUCUGAAAAUACAGAAGAGGACUUGUCUUCAUACAUAGUUAAAAUAAUAUCAGCUUUGU